AUCUCCAUACGUACGCUUGCGUUACAACUUACCACCACUUACAAGCCUCGCCCCCUCCAUCAACGUAAGUCACAGUAGCCAGGUGUUCUCCUGCUCUUUCUCUCUCUCUCUUUCUUUGCCUACUGUCGCGCUUUCUCUUAUAACUCAAUUUCCUCUCCUUUUCAUCCAUCUCCCCCCCUUUCCCCCCAUUCAUUCAUUCCCUUCUCCCUUCUGAUUCAAUUCCAUCUUAUCGCUCCCCUUCGUCCAUCUUGGAUUGUAGGGUCUCACUGUGAACCAACCUAGAAACACUUCUUCUAGUUUCCCACCCCCUUGUGUGGGUUUCACUUUUAAUUCUUUGUACCUCGCUCAUACUAUCUACUCUGCUCCGGUCACUCGUUUGGAGCAAGUCCCCCCUCCGAAUAAUCCCUAUCUCGCCUUUUCGCUUCCAUACCGACUACACCCAAUAACCAUGAAGGCUCUUAUUUUGGUCGGAGGGUUCGGUACCCGUCUGCGUCCUUUGACUUUGACGCUUCCUAAGCCUUUGGUGGAGUUCGCCAAUCGGCCCAUGAUCUUGCACCAGGUCGAGAGCUUGGCUGCUGCAGGUGUGACGGACAUUGUCCUGGCUGUCAACUACCGCCCCGAUGUCAUGGUUGCUGCCCUCAAAAAAUAUGAGGAACAAUACAAUGUCCGAAUCGAGUUCUCCGUCGAAUCCGAGCCUCUUGGCACGGCUGGUCCCCUGAAGCUGGCAGAAAAGAUCUUGGGCAAAGACGACUCUCCCUUCUUCGUCCUGAACUCCGAUAUCAUUUGCGACUUUCCGUUCAAGGAGCUUGCCGAUUUCCACAAGAGCCACGGGAACGAGGGUACCAUCGUCGUCACCAAGGUUGACGAGCCCUCCAAGUACGGUGUCGUUGUUCACAAGCCGAACCACCCCAGCCGGAUCGACCGCUUCGUCGAGAAGCCCGUCGAGUUCGUCGGCAACCGCAUCAACGCUGGUAUCUACAUCCUCAACCCCAGCGUACUCAACCGCAUCGAGCUCCGCCCAACCUCCAUUGAACAAGAGACAUUCCCCGCCAUUGUGAAGGAUGGCCAGCUUCACUCCUUUGACCUGGAGGGUUUCUGGAUGGAUGUUGGUCAGCCCAAGGAUUUCCUUAGUGGAACCUGCCUUUACCUCACCUCCCUGGCGAAGCGCAAUUCCAAGCUGCUUGCUCCCAACAGUGAGCCCUAUGUGUACGGUGGAAACGUCAUGGUUGACCCUUCUGCCAAGAUCGGCAAGAACUGUCGCAUUGGCCCCAACGUUGUCAUUGGCCCCAACGUUGUGGUCGGUGACGGUGUUCGCCUGCAGCGCUGUGUUCUGAUGGAGAACAGCAAGGUGAAGGAUCACGCCUGGGUCAAGUCUACUAUUGUUGGUUGGAACAGCUCCGUUGGUCGGUGGGCUCGUUUGGAAAACGUCACUGUCCUUGGUGACGAUGUCACCAUUGCUGAUGAAGUCUACGUCAACGGUGGCUCCAUCCUGCCUCACAAGAGCAUCAAGCAGAACAUUGAUGUCCCCGCGAUUAUCAUGUAAAACCUCCUCACGUCGCCAUGCCUUUAUACACCUCGAUAAACUCGCCUAUAUCCCCAAACUGCUCAGACGCAUAGAACUUUGACUCGCGUACUAAGCGCCCUACCUCUCCUUGAGCCCAAUCCACCCCUGGCUCUGCUCGAUACAAUGCUUUCCGACCCUCUGAACUAUCUCCCUUCUCGCGCUUACUCCUUUGUCUUGUGCUUGACCGACUCCGCAUGCUAGAGGCCUUGAUGGUGGAAGCGUGUCUGAUUCGGGUCUGUUCUUAUGUAAAACCUUCUAAUCUCAAUUUGCGGUCGCCGACCCGCCCCUGGACCCGAUCUCCUUUUUACUCGAUUUUUUUUUUU